ACUGACGUCCCAAGAAAAUCCUUACGCCUCCACAAUUCCAAGCCUUCUCCUACUCUCUGUCCUCUGCCCACCAGACCACAACAGUUCGUCGCGGCGGAGACGAGACGACCAGCCGGCAGGCGACGACGAGGGGCAGCGUCAGCUCAGAUCCGACGAGAUGGCGGCCAAGGCGAUCUCCAGCCCCGUGCCGGUGGAAUGGUACCCGACGCUGGCCGUCGUCAUGGUCUCCGUCGGCCUCAUGCUCACCGCAUCCUUCUUCAUUUAUGAAGCCACGACUUCAAGGUGGAACCGUAGUUUAGCAAAGGAGAUUGUCACAGCGUCCAUUGCUUCCGUCUUCCUGGGCUUUGGAUCUCUCUUCGUGCUCCUUGCAAGCGGUGUUUAUGUCUGACAACCGGCCUCUCCAUGUGUAGUUCUAGCUAGGAUGCGUCACAUGCCUGAAAUUGUGCUGCUUCCUGGAGAAUAUGGAGUCCCACAUGGACAUGAUUUUUAUAAUAGACGAGUGACAUCAAAAUUUAACCAAUGUUGUUGAACCUUUUCUGGAAUCUCAAUCUUAUUAUCUGUCCACAACUUCAUUUCCAUUAUUAGUUAUGGGACAUAAGCCGCAGCAA